CGACUGUGCCGAAAGCUAGUCUUUCAUGGUUUUUCACGUUGUUCCGUGAUGAUAGGAUAUAUGUUAUAAUUAUUUAUGCGGGGUUGAAAAGGAAAGGACGAAGUUGUAAUUGACGCGAGUGACGCUUUUUUUUGCCAGAUUCUGUACAAAAACUUGUCAAAAAUGUCUUGUGAAGCAAACUUGGAUUUGGAAAUACGAAAACUAAGACCCGCGGAGCUAUAUACUUUAGCAAGCAUACUAAACAUUUCUGAUUCAUGGAAAAAACUAAUGUCUAUAGUACCUAAACCAGGAAAUGUUUCUAAAUUCAGCAGUGACCAUAUCAACAUUAUUGAACAAAUGGCACAUAAAGACAAACGAAGUGCAGCUCAAAUAUUUUUGGAUGAGUGGAGUACUAUGGGCAGAAAAAGGCCAACGUUAAAAUUACUACUGGAACUUCUUAUAGAAGCAGAUUUAUUUAGAGCUGCCGAUUAUGUGGCAUGUGAUAUACUGAAACAAGAAAAACCAAAGAGACCGGAUUAUGGCCCAGCUGCUUUUAUUGAUAUAAGUGAUACGGCUAUAAACGAAUUACUAGAUAAACAAAUGCUUCCACAGAAUACAUUUGUUCAUUCUAUGAUAGAAUUAAGAUCGAGGUCAGAGGUGAUUUCAGAAAUUAAUAAAAUAUGCCCCUCUGAAAAAUCUGUGGAUGCACAAGCACCAAACUACAGGUAUGAAGAAUUAUCAUCUGACGAAUUACCAGUGUUUCUUAACAAUUGUAAAUAACGUUUAAAAGGGAGAAUUAAUCUCCUAAUGGAGAAAUGUUUGUCUAGUAUUUUAAGUGUUUAAAACAAUAAUAUGUUUAAUGUUGAAAUAAAUUAUAACAAAUAAAAAAUCGAAAUUUUGUUUGAAAA